UAUAUAGAGAGAAGAUCAUACGUUAGCCGGCUUCCUAUGUCAAAUUUUCAUUUCAUUUGACUUACGAAUAGGAUUGGAAGGAAGAAGGCUAAAGCGAUUAAUCCAUUGACCUUAGAUUUAGUAGACUUUCAAGAUUCCGAAACCGCCUCUUUUGUGGGGAUUUCCUCCUCUUCUAUAACACCCUUUAUUUAUUCAUUAGCCUUUGUUUUUGUCAAUUACAGUUUGGUGCCCUCUUCUUUCUUCUGAACCAAAAAGGGUAGAGAAAAAGAUCAGUUACAGAGCCAAGAAAACUCUUGAGAAUAUUCAUGAGUAAACUCUUGUAUUGUUUGAUUGAUUUGCGCACAGAAAGGGACGGGUAAUUGGAUCACUUUUGUUGAUCCUUACGAAGAACCAUUUCUUUUAAGCCAGUUUAUUUUUGAUUUCGAAUCGCAAUUGGUUAUUAAGGCCUCGCGAUUGAUUCUUCCGGAUAAGUAGCAAGUGAAGAUCCUGGUGUUUGGAUAGUAAGAAUUUGUGAGAAUUUGGAGGAUGGCUGAAGUGCAAGACCAAUUUGAGAUCAAGUUCAGGUUGACCGACGGAUCGGAUAUCGGCCCCAAAAGCUUUCCUGCAGCUGCAAGUGUUGCAACUUUGAAGGAAAGCAUCCUUUCUCAAUGGCCUAAAGAGAAGGAGAAUGGUCCGAGGACGGUGAAAGAUGUGAAGAUAAUCAGUGCAGGAAGAAUUCUGGAGAACAGCAGAACAUUGGGAGAGUGCAGAAGCCCAUUAUGUGAUGUUCCGGGUGGAGUUACAACCAUGCAUGUCUUAGUCCAAGCACCGCCUUCGGAUAAAGGGAAGAAACUGUCAAAGGGACGAAAGCAGAACAAGUGUGGAUGUGGUAUAUUAUAAACUACUGUUUGACGGAUCGAUAAGAAUCAUUUAAAGAUUGGUUGGCAAACGAUACCAGAGUUGGCAUUGACAGUCAAAUUAUUGAGUUGCUGACCGGUGAGGGGGCAGUUGAUGAAAUCCAUACCUAUCACAGAUCAUGUUCUGGAGCAGGUUCAUGUGUCCAUAUAGCUGCUGUUGCUUUCACAUCCGUUUGGCAUAUGUUGUUUUGUUUUUGUUAACUACAUUCCACUUCUCUAAAUCUAAAUUUAUGUGUUGAGAUUCUUGAGUCGAAAUCUUGCAACUUGCUCUAAUAAUAAUAAUCAUGAUGAUUUAUAGUUGCACCA